GCCACGCUGUGGGCGUUAUUUUCUCUUUUUUUUCUUUUCUCUCUUUCGACAGGGAGACACAUCGCCUCUUCCUCCCACUGUCCCAGACUGUCUGCGGGCUGAUGUCAGGGUUGCUCCUUCUGAGAGCCAAAAAUGUUCCUUCUAUUUAGCAGACAAGAAUAUCACCCACGGCUUCCUCUAUCCUCCUGCGAACAACAGAACUUCUGAGAGUCAAUAUGAUGCUUUAAUUACAAGUAAUUUGGUUCCUAUGUAUGAAGAAUUCAAAAAAAUAUGGGAUUACUUCCACAGUGUUCUUCUUAUAAAACAUGCCGUGGAAAGAAAUGGAGUAAAUGUGGUCAGUGGACCAGUAUUUGAUUAUAAUUAUGAUGGUCGUUUUGAUGCUUCAAAUGAAAUUAUAGAAUACGUGGUCAACACCAGUGUUCCCAUCCCAACACACUACUUUGUGGUGCUGACUAGCUGUAAAAAUAAGAGCCACACCCCUGACGCUUGCCCUGGGUGGUUGGACGUCCUGCCCUUUGUCAUCCCUCACCGACCCACCAAUGUGGAGAGCUGCCCUGAAGGUAAACAGGAAGCCAACUGGGUUGAAGAAAGAUUGAAAGAACACGUUGCCCGGGUCCGAGAUGUGGAACUUCUUACUGGGCUUGACUUUUAUCAGGAAAAAGUGCAGCCUGUCUCUGAAAUUUUGCAACUAAAGACCUAUUUACCCACAUUUGAAACCAUUAUUUAAUCUAAUCUAUAAGACAAUUUUGCCAUAAUGUAAAUGAUUUUUUGUAUUGAAGAAUCAUAAAAUAAAGUUUUCUAUUUUUCCUUAA